AUGAUUUCAGAAUGCAUGAGCAGGCAGCUUGUCGUGAUAAGAUCACUGAGUCUUGUUGUUGACCCACUGAGACAGUAUGUCAUCAAAAUGCUCGAGGACAACUUAAAGAAAUAUGCACCACACAUACAAACAGUGAAACCAGCAAAAAAUCUUCGAAAAGCCUUAGAGAAGGAUUUUAAGAAAACCAACUUAAGUGAAGCAAAGAUAAAAAACUUGAUAGCAGUUCAUGGAUCAAAAUUUCGUUUUGAUGCCUUCACAUAUGCUCAUUUCUUCCUACCAGAACAUGACACGAAAAAUGGAAAAUCAUUCAAUGAGAUUGAUGACCCAAAGGUGUACUUAGAUAUUCUCAUAAAUGUACCCCAUGUAGAUACAUAUAACAUAGUUGGCUAUGCAAAGACACUCGCUGAAUUCAGGAACACCACAAACAAUAAUGAAUUCAUAAAGUGCACUGAUGAAGCUACAUCAACAUUCUUUCAUGUACUGAAGAAGCUCACACAACAGAUUGUAGAUGGAGCUAAAGCAGAUGAAAUCGUAAGAGAUAUUGAAAAGUGGGAAGGUAGAAAGUUAACCUUCAUGCCUCAAAACCUCAAGAAAUUAGAAGACAACCAAAUGAUUAAAGAAGUCAUUGAUGCAUGGCAACCCAUAAGAGAAAAUGAUGGAGAGAUGUCUGAGAUGAAUGAGAAGAUAGUUCAGCUACAGGAAUGUGUAGAUCAGAAACUGAGAGAACAUGAUUCAAAACUUGAUGAACAUGAUUUAAAACUUGGUGAACACGAUUCGAAUAUCGCAACACUAUAUUCCUUGACUGCUGAACAUGCUUCAAAGUUUGAUGAAUUACAACGUACAUGUAGUCCAAUAACUACAUGUGAGACUAUCAGUGAGGAGUCAGAAAAUAUAGAUGUCGCUGCAAUUAAGUUGGAAAAAGACUUAGGUGAUGUUGGAGCUGCCCCAAAGGAACAAACAGCUAAAUUCAGUACUCAUCAUGAUGAAACAAAGCCAAGACCAGUGACUCUUUCUAGCUGCAGGAUUGGCGACAACUGCGAGAUGAACAUUGGGUCAGGUGGAGGAUCAGCCCAUGUUGCAGUUACAGCCAAUACUCCAAUUGGACAUAAACACAAGAAGAUAUGUGCUAAAAAUAUUGGUAAAAACUGGCGGGAAUUUGGAAGACAUGAGGAAGUCAAUUUUACAGAGGGUCAGAUGGAUAAUAUUGAAGCAGAUACAAAUACACAAUAUGAGAGAAUCUACAAGUUAAUACACGAUUGGCAUUCUAAACUAGGAUCAAAAGCCAACACACCUUUACUUGCUACAAUCCUGGAAGAAAUUGACAUGAGAGAUGUAGCCGAAAAAGUAUUGCUGGCAUAGAUACUGUAUAAAGGUUAUGUGUACUGGGAAGUUUUGGAUAGAGGAAAUAUUCAGAGGGAAAUAUGCGCAUCUAUCGAAAGAUCCUGUUUAAAAAGCGACCAUAUAUAAUAACAUAUCCAUCCAAUGCCUACUGAGAC